GAACGGGACAGCUCCGGACAGCGAUCAAGUACGCAAGUGGCAAUCAAAAAGCUAGCGCACAUCAUCAACACCUGAAUGGUCGUGGCAUAAACCUUGGGGUACACCCUCCUCAUGGCUGCCGCGAGAUAUUUGGGUGGAUAAGUUGCCCCUCAUCGGAGUGCCAUCAACGGAGUAUCUGCAACCACAGCAAGUGCGAAAACACAAUGUUCGGAUGAUUUGCUCUUCUAGCAGUCCGUUGUCACGAGACUAUGGGCCGAGAUGAAGGAAGUUGAGGAAAAGUUUGGUUAGAGGUAUUGAUUGGCUUCCAACACAGCAAGGUCCUCUUGUGAUCCACAUAUACCAGAGUACUUAUUUCAAGACUGUCUUCUAACAUCUUCGUCUUCGUUUUCCUCAAAUUAUCUUGACCAACGAAUACGAAGACAUUGAUCCUCCAGCUGCUGACUCGACGAAAAAUUUCCACCACCAAUCUCAUCACGCUACUUCACCAUCUUUUCCUCCGCAGCAUUGAUCAGACGGCAUCCUUGCAUCCGCUCGCAUCGCGUUAGCAACCUCCUUUCUGUCAGUACAGUUCACUCACUCUGCGUCAGAUAACUAGCAUUCCUCCACCAUGUCACUCAACGCCUCAGGACUUCCUUCCGUUUACGAUGACCUCUGUUUUGCCGGCAAACUCGGCGGCAUGAUGUUCUUGGGACUGUUCGGGUUCGCAGCAUUGGGUGCAUUGGCGGAGUCAGAUGCACUGCCGCUGGAUGAUGACUUCGAGGAAGCGGCACGUGCCACUUUUCAUUUUGCACCACGGGUUCCUCGGCUUUAUCCAUUGAUGCCGAGUCCAUAUUUGGGUACUCUGGCAGGGAUGUGUCGUGGAUGUGGAAGUGGAGACAUUGUGGUUCUACCAAGUCCAUUCUUGAGUUCCUCAACAAGAGCUUGGUAUCAUGGUAUGAGCGCCUAUGAAGGCUUCGGAUGGGAAGCUAGACGCUCACAGCAGGCGAGACUGCAGGCAAUGGCUGAUGGCGAGCUUUUUGAUCUUAUGGAAGGAAUCGUGCAAGAGUCGAGGAGAAGACGAUCUGCGCGCAGUGAUUCUGGCUGUCAAUAAAACAGCGUGGGAGAAACGAUGACUCAGUCAUGGUAGGUUUGCAGAUGAUGUGGACGAUGUAUGCUGAGACACGCGGAAAAGUUACACCCCGCUGGGGUGAAGGCGAGGAACAAGUUGCUUGCUGUUUGUCAUCAGCUGUGUACUCGAAACAGUUAUCACUUGUCUCACCUGUGAUUGCCGAACCUGACUCAUCAAGAGAAGGGGGACUUCAGGGCGGGAGCUACAACAACGAUAUGUUUGGAGCUUUGAAUUAUGGCAGAAUAUCGAGUUCUCUCGGCGGCUUGUCAUGUAUCCGGGCUCGUGGGCCAUGGUUG